AUGUUUUGUCAUUUGUAGUUCUAUUUGAGUGUUGACAGAAAACGCAAAUGUGCUCGUUGCAUGGACAAUGCAAACCAGUGUUCUGUUGUAAAGUAAAAUGUGGCGCAUAAAUUAAUACCUUUAAGGGGUGGGCUAGGCUAUGUAGGAUUAGCCUACGAUGUCACUUUUACCUGUAGCCUUCCUGUACGUUCAGUCUACGAUAACGUUACUUCCUUCAUCUGGGUGUUUGUUACAGUGUGUCGUAAGGUUGAUCCCAAGCCAACACCUACUGUUGCGCGCUUUGUUAUCUCGCACCGUCCCAUGCGAUGUUGGCAGCUGCUUGAAUAUUUGCGAGAUUAGGAGGCAUUGCUGUUCAAUAGCCUAGUACUUUUUAAUAUGACGAGGACAACAACGACAGUGUGGUGACUCCGGGUUAGUCAGACUCAGUAGUCUAACAAAUUGACAGACACAAUGGGGGUUCAACUGCCACGGAACAUCAUCGGAAUGGCAGUCAUUGGGCACAGAUAAGGUUUUAACAGGAUUGUUGUCCGCCAUGUUAAGAUAAAGACGAGAGGAUCGGUGUUAAAGAUGCUGAAGCGCCUGGACAAGAUCCGGUUCAGAGGGCAGAAGCGUGAUGAGUUCCUGGACCUGGCCGAGUCCCCCAACGCCUCAGACAGCGAGUGUAACGAUGACAUCCCCCCGCCAAUGAUGAGGCCUCGCCACUCCAUCAAGGAGACGGAGGAGCCUCGAGACCCUGCUGGACAGGGCUCUCUCAACAUGGCCAUCCAGGACUUCCAGAGGACCGACUCCGAACGGCUCAACGAGGUCAAAGGUCACCUGGAGAUUGCCUUACUGGAGAAGCAUUUCCUGCAGGAAGAGCUGCGGAAAUUCAGAGAAGAAACCAACAUCGAGACAUUAAAACAGGACCUGGAAAAGGAGCGACAGAAAAGGCUGGAGCUGGAACAGAAACUAAACGAAGUUCUCAAGCCAAGAGUGGAAGAUUCCCCACCACAGCCGCCUAGAGCACAACCUCCUGCUGCAAACGGAACAGCAGCAGAAAAACACAAAGAGACCCUGAGCUCUCGACUGCUGAAGUGGAUGUACGACCGCUUCGGUGUUUACAUUGAGGACUUCCGCUUCCAGCCAGAGGAGAACACCGUCGAGGCGGAAGAACCGUUAAGUGGGAAACGGCUGACGGAGAACAUGCGGCGACUCAAGCGAGGUGUCAAGCCUGUGACUAACUUCAUGAGGAACCUCUCUGCCUUAUCAAGUUGGCACUCUGUGUACACGUCAGCAAUCGCCUUCAUUAUCUACAUGUAUGCUGCGUGGCAUGGCUGGGCCAUCCCCAUGUUUCUAUUCCUAGCUAUCCUGAGGUUGUCCCUCAACUACCUCAUCUCCAGGGGUUGGAGAAUCCAGUGGAGCAUCGUGCCUGAGGUUUCAGAAACUGUGGAACCACCAAAGGAGGACUUGACUGUUUCUGAGAAGUUCCAGCUUGUCCUUGAUGUAGCUCAGAAAGCACAGAACCUGUUUGGAAAGAUGUCUGAUGUCUUGGAGAAGAUCAAGAAUCUCUUCAUGUGGGUGCAGCCUGAGAUCACUCAGAAGUUGUACGUGGGUCUGUGGGUGGCCUUCAUAUCUUCCUGUCUGCUGCCCUACAAACUACUGGGCUUCAUUAUGGGUCUUUAUGCCGGCAUCAAGUUCUUCAUCAUCGACUUCAUCUUCAAGAGCUGUCCAAAACUGAGGUCCAAGUAUGACACCCCCUACAUCGUCUGGACCAGCCUGCCCACCGACCCUCAGCUGAAGGACCGGAACAACAUGAACCUGUCCAGACGGCUCUCUGGGUUUGAGAAGGUCCACCCCACGGUUGCCCGGGGCAACCUGGCGGCCAGCGGCGUCCCGGUCGGCCUCAGGGAGGAGGAUGGCGGCCGCAUCAACAGCACCAAGAAGGGAGCCUUCCACGAGGUGUUCAACCUGCCGGAGACGGAGAGGCCCCUGCAAGUGUGUGACAACGGGUGGCGCUGCUGCUUGAUUAACAGGGACAGGAAGAUGCCCACUGACUAUAUCCGGAAUGGAGUUCUGUAUGUUACAGAAAAUUACCUCUGCUUCGAGAGCUCCAGCUCCAGAUCGAGCUCCUCAAAGAAGAACAAGGUCAUCAAGCUGGAGGACAUCACAGAUAUCCAGAAGUACAAAGUCCUGUCUGUGCUGCCGGGGUCUGGAAUGGGGAUCUCCAUAGCGACUCCAAACACACAGAAGCCCCUGGUGUUUGGUGCCAUGAUCCACAGAGACGAGGCCUUUGAUGCCAUCUUCACCCAGUACGUGAAGAUCGUCACCCCCGCAGGUGCCACCAACCCCGAGCACUAACCCACAGCCUGCCUCCACCUCCAGCCACCAGCCCACGACCCCCAUCACACUGGAGCAGCCCCCCCCCUCCUCCUCUGCCUGGGCACAGAGGGCCUGGCCAUCCCUCCUGGAGUGGGCAAUGUGUGUACUGGACAGAGAGCACACCGGGAAGACCAGCCUGGACUUGUUAGUCUCCCCCACCAGAGUGUGUUUUUUACUUGUGCGUUUUAUGUUGUGUCUACUCUGCUUUUUUGAGGGGAGAAUGUUUUUUUAACGCCGGGCGGUUAGUCUGUGUCUUAACAUUGCAAUGCCAUAACGGAAUAAGGGGGCUGGACCCUCUGAGCCUGUCUGUUGUCCUCCUAUUGGUCGUUCUCUCCACACACGUGUCAUGCAGGUCAUACGGUUUGCAGUCUCCGUGUCAUGCAGGUCAUACGGUUUGCAGUCUCUUUCCCCUGUUUCUGUCGUCCUUACAUGUAUGUUGAAAUCACCACUAGCCUUCUUAGCCUUGCCCUGUAAUACCUCCACACACACAGAGCACUUUUUGGCAGUAUGUGUUUGUUGAGACACGAGUAGGCAGGUAACAUGGUACCAUGGUAACAGUACGGGCAGCAUAUGGCGUCUUGAGCAGGAGCACUGAAUGUAAAGGGCACGUAUGUCGCUCAGCCUCAAACAUCUCCAAGUGGACACUGGCCGUACUAACUACACGCUGAUCUGGAGUCAGCCACCCUACUUCCCCUCUGGUCUGUGCCUCAUACACUGGUCCCUGGACAGAAGAGAAUGGUGCCCACUGCAACUGUUAACCAUAGCACAUUGAAACAGACUGUAAUUGAAUUGCACUAUUAUUUCAAACUGCCAAUUCAAAAGUCCACAUAUUACAACACCGUGAUUUGUUUAGCAGAAAAGCACAAGCGGCAUUGAAACGGCCGGAGUGGAUGCUUAACACGUGCACACACAUGUCAGUUCUGUCUGUCAGUUUGCAACCCUGUUUAGCAUAACAGCGUCUGUCAGAUUCAGUCAUUCUAUACCCUGGCUUACAGGGUUUAUGGGUUAAGGGGAUCUCUGAUAUUUUGAUAGUAUAAUUCUAUUAUUUUCUGCUUUUUUUGGUAUUAUUCUCAUUCUAUUUAAGGAGACGCUCUCCAAAUGGAAGUGCCCUCUGUUCUAUACACUCCAUCGAAUUCCACACUAUGGAAGAGGAAUGUAUUCCCAUACAGCGGCUUCCCGAUGGGGUCAAAGAGCUGGACUUGUUUUUGUUUUAUUUGCAUUCACGCUUCCGAUGCCAAACCAUAUGUUUACUAACUUUUGUUUGACAAAUGGCUACAAAAUUGGUACAAAAAAUGGUUGGGAAAUGGUUUUCAUGUCUGACUUGGAAAGCCUUACUGUCUCUCUCCGCCAUCAUGGUGUCUUGUCUGUCGUACUAACAAUACCUACAUGUUCAUGCCCUGUCUCUCCUGUCAGAGUAGCCAAACAUAAGGGAGAACUCCAUCACACAACAUGGAACCUCUUCAGUUGUGCCUGACCAUAAUAGACGUGAUUCUAAUUCCCUGAUCUGAUACCUUAUAAAGGUGCAGUCCUAGCACAAAAAGUGUGGGGUGUUGAAGUAGAACUAAAGCAAGGAAUCUCAUGCCCACAGUAUGCAUUGCUGAAGGGUUUUGUUCUGGUGUUGGUAAUGUAUUUCAUGUUCAUUGGUAGAAAAAGUGGUUCCCGUUUGCUCAGCUAAUCACCACUAGGAAAUAAAGGUACCUGGUCUCACUGCCUUGAUCAUUAAUUAACUGCAAAUGCCUUGUGUGUGCUAGAAUGGGAUGCAUAAUUACUUGAAAGUACUAAAUGGAGUAAGUGACGAAAGCUAAACAUCUAACCAGAUCUGCUAGAGGCACAUUCUAGGGAUGCAUGUCAUUAGUUCUGACAUUUCUUUUUCUUUUUGCCUUUUGUGAUAGCAGAAUGUACAGUGUGUCACUGUCAAGUAUGGUUUUUAUUUGUUUGCCAAAAGUCAUGUCUUUUUUUCCUCAUUGCCAUUGGUCCUUGGCUUUUAAAAUGUUUUGUUUACAUGUGUGUGUGGUCUGGCUGGAUGCCCUGAGCACUCCUGGGCUGUGAAGGCCAGUCCCCCUCCCCUUGACCUUAGUGAAAAAUGACCACUCCCAGAUGCAUCACAGUGCCGCAGUUCCCACGCCUGAGCGACCAGGAGAGGGCGCUGUUGCACUGAUGCUCUUGAGAAAUUGGGCCUUGGUCAUGAAGCGCUCAUGCGGAUGGUCUUUAGUCUUCGAUUUCAGAAGCUACGGAACCCAGAAUUAUAUUUGUAGUUGUUCAAAAGUCUCUAAUUUGCAAUUGGCUUUCCCCCCCGUCACCAGUAACUAGUGACCUCACAUUUUAAUUGCCCAAGUCAUUUGGUUUUGAAUGUAUCCAGGCAUUGGACUUUGGUCGCCUGUAGAUGUCACAUCUGUUUGUUUCUACAGCCAACCAAAACAUCUGCCAUGGGCUUCAAAUGGCUCAAUGGGCAGGUGAAGCCUUGGCACAGUAUUUAGUUUGCUCACGUUUGUUCCUCUUCUUUUAAACUUAAACAAAUGUUCUAUCUUUUCCAAUGUUUUACAGUGAUCAUUUACCAGAUAAAACGUUUGUGCAGACAUAACCACCAUAAUCAGAAGUUUAUCCAAAUGAUAAUCCUGCAUGAAAACAUGUCUGACUUUGUGUUCAUAGACUAUGUGCGGAUCAUCAAUGUGCGUCGCGUCCACUAGCCCCCUUUCCCCAUUCUGCUGUUAAUCCUGAGUUUUUGCCUUACCUAGCAGAGAUGUGAAUAAUUGUUUCUAUACAAUGCUAAGCUUCUUCUAAGACUAAUGCUGAAAAUACUUUAUAAUUCAUUUAGUGUACAGUAAAGGAAAACCCUGUAAAUUUUUUUAAAGAGUUAUGUCUAUUGUAAAAUAAAUAUGUACAUUUUUAUUUAAGCAAAAUAACUGAAUUUAUUUGUCUUUUAAAAAAAUGUUUACUCUA